AUGGCGCCGCCCAAGAACCGAGUCCGCAAAUUCCACCGUCGGAGCAAGAACGGCUGCUCGACAUGCAAGCAACGUCAUGUCCGCUGCGACGAGCGCAAGCCUCUAUGCACCACCUGUUUGCAAACCGGCAGGGACUGCGUAUACCCCGACCCGGUCACCGACGUGGAGUCCCGGCCCGAAUCCGAACCCGACACGGCGUUGAUCCCGGCUGAGGAGUCAGCCCGCCUUGUUAAUGUCUUGUCCCAUCAACCGUUCGAUGGCUUCUCCGGUGACUACCAACUGUCUGAAAUGUCGCAAUGGCUUUUUCAUCAAUUCUCCAACUUCUAUGUUAGGGGUCAAACCCCAGUAGAAAGGGGCCAGAAUCUGUGCAGCUUGCAGAGAACUUUUAUGCACCCCGGCCUGCUUCAUGGCUGCCUGGUUGUCGCUGCCUGUCAAUGGGCUUGGGUCACCGGGUCACUCGAGCAAGUCAAGGUCCCCUUUCUCUAUCAUAAAGCAGCUGCCUAUGAAUUCGCCAAGAAACAGCUUUCCGAGUCUGAAAACGGUGUUACCGACACGGCAGUUUUUGCCAUAGCAUCACUAGCACUAACCGAGGGCGCCGUUGGCGACUUAGAUGCGUCUUCUAAGCAUUUACGAGGCCUUCACAAGUUGACGCUCAAAAAGAAUGGGUACAACCUGAUGAGGUCAAACCUAGCCCAGCAAAUGUUGGAAAUGGCAGGUGAUCGUUUGCGACGGGGCGAGGUUCACGUCAUACACGACGCCAUCAGUGCCGAUUUCCAGCCCAGCAUCAUCGCUUUGCUGUUCACAUCGCUGUGGGACAUGGAGAGUCUGCCGCCGCGACAGGCACCGAGAUACGGCUGGUGGGAAGGUGCCGAGACACCAACGGACUUGCUCUGGCAAGGGUACACCAAGAACCUGAACUGGGAGCUUUCACGCGGUUUCGAUCCCGAGCGUAACAUUGCCACCAUGUUGAACGGUGAUCCGAAGAGCAGUAGAGCAAGUUACAUAGCGACAUUUUUCUACCUCGUCAUGGCAGUUAAUGACAGCGAAAUGGACUGCGUAUUAACAGUAUGGCUGCUAGAGCAACUUAUCGACGACGUUUGCAACAAAGAGGAGGAAAUGAUUUCUGGAUCCUUCAGCAGGAGCUUGUGGUUCUGGAGCGUCCUAUUUGGCGCGGCCGUAGCCAACUCGGGCAGACCCAUCACUGCUACGGGAAAGCAACAGCUCGCUAAAUGGCGGGCUGUGUAUUCAGCAAAGUUGUGCAUCGCAAGCUCUGUGAUGCAACUUGACGAUUGGAGAGCUGCCAAGGUAGCACUAGCUGAGGUUGCUUGGACGGAGGGGACAGGCGCCGAAAACAGGCUCCGAGAAAUAUGGGAAAAUGCGAUGUCAGGCCGAGGUGUCCGGGACGAUGGCCUCGACGUACGCGGUCAUGUAAUUGUGUAA